CUUUUUACUUUUAUCUUAUUCUACGUGGAUUUUUCAACAUCCGGUGUAAACAUUGCACUACACAGCCAUGGCACAAACAUUUCAGCAAGAAUACAUGCAAAUGCCGCCCGUUACUCGGGCUUACACAACAGCAUGUGUCAUCACAACGAUAGCUGUGCAACUAGACAUCAUCACACCAUUUCAAAUUUAUUUUAAUCCAGAUUUAAUUUUUAGAAAGUUUCAGGUAUGGAGAUUAGUAACAAAUUUUAUGUAUUUUGGACCAAUAGGAUUCAACUUUUUAUUCAACAUGAUAUUUGCCUACCGAUAUUGUCGGAUGUUGGAAGAAGGAUCCUUUCGGAACAAGACAGCCGAUUUUUUCUUCAUGAUUUUGUUCGGUUGUUCAAUAAUGACUAUAUUAGGAUUAAUUGUAAAUAUUGUAUUUCUUGGUAGUGCUUUUACAAUUAUGUUAGUGUAUUUAUGGAGCAGAAGAAAUCCAUAUGUGAGAUUGAAUUUCUUUGGACUGAUGACAUUUCAUGCACCGUACUUACCGUGGGUGUUGUUAGGGUUUUCAGUAUUAUUAGGAAAUUCAGUCGUUAUUGAUUUAAUGGGUAUAGCAGUUGGCCAUAUUUAUUACUUCUUAGAAGAUGUUUUCCCAGAACAACAAGGAGGUUUUAGAAUCUUAAAAACACCAAGAUUUUUAACAUACUUAUUAGAAGGACCCACUGAGGACCCCAACUAUAACCCACUUCCAGAAGAGAGACCAGGAGGAUUCAAUUGGGGAGAGGGACCAGAAGGGGAUGAACAGUGACAUUUUAAAUAAAUAAUUUCAUUUUACAUAUAGGGAGGAAGCAAUUAUCUUCAUUUGAGUGAUGUAUGAAUGAACAUGUGUGGGGGGAAAAAUGACAUUAAAACGUUUGAAAGGGUGUUGUGGUGCUUGUUUUAUGCUUAUCUUAUGAAUAUUGGUGACUGCAAUUGCAAACACAUUAUAGAAUUUAUAUUGAAUUUAAAUAAACAAAAAAACAUUUAUUUAACCUAAUCAAAUGGAGAAUAAAAAAAAAUGAAUCAAGAAAUUAAACUGAUUUUUGAACACA